AUGGAUCCGAAAGACGCCAUCAUCCAGCUGAUCGUCCCAAAUUGCGCUGGGGAUACUGAGCGUCUCCAAGUUCACCGCGGUGUUCUUUGCAAGAGUUCAGAGUUCUUUCGAAAAGCCAUGAAGCCAGAGUGGGCGAAUCAGAAAGACGACCCAAAGACCCUGGAUCUUCCCGAGGACUCGGCGGACAUUAUCACGGACUAUAUCAAGUGGCUUUACCUUGGAGAGAUUCCGAUCGGCCCAGGCAUAGCUAACGGAGUCACCGAUGAGAAGAGGUCUAACGAAGCAGAGCGAUUCUUUGUCCCAAUGACACGAGCAUAUGUAUUUGGGGAGAGGAUCAUGGAUGUCAAGUACAAAAACGCGAUGUUCAAGGCUAUAUUCGCAGCUCAAAACAAGUACCACUUGUGUAUGGGAACAGAGAGCGUCAAUAUUGUCUACGAGGGCACGCCUUCCGGAUCUCCACUACGACGCUUAAUUGCUGCAGACAUUGCGCAUAAAUCGUACGAUGACUUGGAAGAAGGGGGUGGCUGGAUGGAAGACUUGGAAUCGUAUUCAAGAGAAACUCUGAUAGAUGCAUUACAAGCCACGGUGAGGGCGCGUUCCAAGAUAACCAGCUCCUACCCUGGCGUCGAGUCGUACCUUGAGAAGGAGGAGUAG